AUGGCGAGCAGAGAGGACAGGGCAGCAGGGGAGCUCUGCAGGCCCCCCCACCCCAUGCCUGCCCAGAGGAAGAGGCCGCGAGUGCUGUUCACCCCACAGCGUGGCAGCCAGGACGCCGGCCCGCCUGGCCCUGGCCUCUCCUCGGGGACGCCUCGGCGCCAUCCUGCCCCCCCCCAGAUGGAGCCUGGCCGCAGCCAGGGGAGGCCGUGUGUGACGCUUGUUUAUGUCAACAGCUUUGGCUCCCACCGCUGUGGCUCAACCAUCCGCUAUGGCAGGGGCUGCCAGCAGGCCGAGGCGGGCCAGGCUGGGCCCUCGCUUCCUCAGCCAAGCCCGAUGGGGGAGACCGGGAGGCAGAGGGCCGCCUCAGUGCCAGGGGACGAGGCCAGCCCUGGGCUGUCCGCUGCCAGUGGCAGGGCACAGGUGGCAGGGAGCUGUGGCGUGGUGAAGCCUGUCAGCUGCCAUCACGGUGACCUUCGAGAGGCUAAGGCUGACACCUUUGACUUUCCCUUCCCUUCGAGAAAUGUUGAUAAAGUAAUUAAACGAAAGAAGCAAAAGUCCAAAGUCUGGCUUAAGGUCUGGAAAGUAAUUUCAAAAAUGCUUGAAGAAAAUGAAAACUUCAGAAGUCGACUCUUGACUUGCAGUCAGUUUAAUGGAGAAGGUAGAAUAUUCGGCAAUGAUAUGAACUGAAGCUCACAGAAUAAGGCAUCCUACCUGGACAGGGAAUCAUCUAUCUUUGGCUGGGUAUAG